GAAGCAGCCCAGAAGGAGGAGAACAAACAGCAGCUGGGUCGCUGGCCUGAGCCUCCCCCAUCCCCAGCUAGUCCUCAGCGGCAGCCGGGCUCUCCUCCAGACUGGAAGUGAGGGUUUUCCUCCGGAAGCUUCCCGUCUUCUCCUGUCCCCAGUUUGGCCAGCGUGGCCAGGCAUGGUGCCGGAUCCAGUCUUUCCCCUCUCAGCCGCCAUGGAAGUGAUGAACUUGAUCGAACAGCCCAUCAAGGUGACUGAGUGGCAGCAGACGUACACCUACGACUCAGGCAUUCACUCAGGAGCCAACACCUGUGUGCCCUCGGUCAGCAGCAAGGGUGUCAUGGAGGAGGAUGACACCUGUGGGCGGCAGUACACACUCAAGAAGACCACCACCUAUACCCAGGGGGUGCCUCAGAGCCAAGGUGACCUGGAGUACCAGAUGUCCACAACAGCCAGAGCCAAGCGUGUGCGAGAGGCCAUGUGCCCUGGUGUGACAGGCGAGGACAGCUCACUGCUACUGGCCACCCAGGUGGAAGGACAGACUACCAACCUGCAGCGACUGGCCGAGCCAUCCCAGCUGCUUAAGUCGGCCAUUGUGCAUCUUAUCAACUACCAGGAUGAUGCUGAGCUGGCUACCCGAGCUCUGCCCGAGCUCACCAAACUGCUCAAUGAUGAGGACCCGGUGGUGGUGACUAAGGCGGCCAUGAUUGUGAACCAGCUUUCAAAGAAGGAGGCAUCACGCCGGGCCCUGAUGGGUUCGCCCCAGCUGGUGGCAGCCGUCGUGCGCACCAUGCAGAACACCAGUGACCUGGACACAGCCCGCUGCACCACGAGCAUCCUGCACAACCUCUCCCACCAUCGCGAGGGGCUGCUUGCCAUCUUCAAGUCAGGUGGCAUCCCUGCCCUGGUCCGCAUGCUCAGCUCCCCUGUGGAGUCGGUCCUGUUUUACGCCAUCACCACUCUGCACAACCUGCUGCUCUACCAGGAGGGCGCGAAGAUGGCGGUGCGCCUGGCGGAUGGGCUGCAGAAAAUGGUGCCCCUGCUCAAUAAGAAUAACCCCAAGUUCCUGGCCAUCACCACUGACUGCCUGCAGCUCCUGGCCUAUGGCAACCAGGAAAGCAAGCUGAUCAUCCUGGCCAAUGGAGGACCCCAGGCCCUCGUGCAGAUCAUGCGUAACUAUAGCUAUGAGAAGCUGCUCUGGACUACCAGCCGUGUGCUCAAGGUGCUGUCCGUGUGUCCCAGCAAUAAGCCUGCCAUUGUGGAGGCCGGUGGGAUGCAGGCCCUGGGCAAGCACCUGACAAGCAACAGCCCCCGGCUCGUGCAGAACUGCCUCUGGACCCUGCGCAACCUCUCGGAUGUGGCUACCAAGCAGGAGGGCUUGGAGAGUGUGCUGAAGAUCCUGGUGAACCAGCUGAGUGUGGAUGACGUCAAUGUCCUCACCUGUGCCACAGGCACUCUCUCCAACCUGACCUGUAACAACAGCAAGAACAAGACGCUGGUGACGCAGAACAGUGGUGUGGAGGCACUUAUCCAUGCCAUCCUGCGUGCUGGUGACAAGGAUGACAUCACGGAGCCUGCUGUUUGUGCCCUGCGCCACCUCACCAGCCGCCAUCCUGAAGCUGAGAUGGCCCAAAACUCUGUGCGCCUCAACUAUGGCAUCCCAGCCAUUGUCAAAUUGCUUAACCAGCCCAACCAGUGGCCACUGGUCAAGGCAACCAUUGGCCUGAUCCGGAAUCUGGCCUUGUGCCCAGCCAACCAUGCCCCACUGCAGGAAGCAGCAGUCAUUCCCCGCCUUGUCCAGCUGCUGGUCAGGGCCCACCAGGAUGCCCAGCGCCAUGUGGCUGCAGGCACACAGCAGCCCUACACAGAUGGUGUGAGGAUGGAGGAGAUCGUGGAGGGCUGCACUGGAGCAUUGCACAUUCUCGCACGGGAACCCAUGAAUCGCAUGGAGAUUUUCCGACUGAACACUAUUCCCCUGUUUGUCCAGCUCCUGUACUCGUCCGUGGAGAACAUCCAGCGUGUGGCUGCAGGGGUGCUGUGCGAGCUGGCCCAGGACAAGGAGGCGGCUGACGCCAUUGAUGCUGAGGGGGCCUCAGCCCCACUCAUGGAGCUGCUCCAUUCUCGCAAUGAGGGCACUGCCACUUAUGCCGCCGCUGUCCUGUUUCGCAUCUCUGAGGACAAGAACCCAGAUUACCGUAAGCGCGUGUCUGUGGAGCUCACCAACUCCCUCUUCAAGCAUGACCCAGCUGCCUGGGAGGCUGCCCAGAGUAUGAUCCCCAUCAAUGAACCCUACGCAGAUGACAUGGAUGCCACCUACCGUCCCAUGUACGCAAGCGAUGUGCCCCUUGACCCCCUGGACAUGCACAUGGACAUGGAUGGGGACUACCCUAUGGACACCUACAGCGAUGGCCUCAGGCCCCCCUACCCCACCGCGGACCACAUGCUGGCCUAGCUGCUCUAUCCAGUGCGGUUCCUCACCUGAGAGGCUCUCGUGCAGGCCAUGGGACAAGAGAGAAAAGUGCCUGAGCCAGGGGAACCGGGCUGUGAACUUCCUGCUGAAGCCCGUGCCUCCAGAGGUCCUCUGUAGGGUUUCUUGGGAUGGUGUUAUGCUCUUGCUUUUCUGUCCUGGGCUAUGGGUCCAGGGCUUGACACCCCCUCCCCACCCCCAUGACCCUGGCCACUAAAGCUUUAGACUCAACUGCCCGCCUGUGUCCCCCUUCCAGUGACCCACCCUGUCCACCCACCUCCAGCUGCCUGGAUCCGGUUCCUUCUCCUGGUGUGAUUUUUCUCACUGAACCCCACCAACCUGAGCCCCCAGGGUCUCUAGGACCCAGGUGGAAGCCCCAAACCUCUGACAACCAAAGCUUUUCUCGACAAGUUCAGGGACCUUCCAGGGGGAACCGGGCAGAGCUGUGGAGAGCAAGUCCCCUGCUCUAGGAGACUGGCCACUUCUCUCCAGGAUGCUAAAUUGACUUUGGCUCUUCCCAGGGGAGCUCUGGAGACAGCUCCCUCUCACCCUGCCCCAUACUGUCCCCGCUUACUUGCAGAAGUGCUCUUGCUGACCCCUCUGGUGUGCGGUGAGGGGCUUUUCUUCCCCUUCCUGUUUCUGACCUCCCUACCACCCGCAGCACAUGGGUAUCGGAGGGACAGACGGGGGUCCCAGCGGAGAGUUUUAUUAUUAUCGCUUUAUGUUUUUGGUUAUUGGUUUUUUUUGUAUAGACCAAAGCAAAGAAAAUAAAAAUAACACACAGAUCCAAUGGAGGUUGUUUAGGGG